GCUGGGCCAGGCUGGUUUCACUUCGCUCCCCGCAGGCACUGGGUCACCAGCUGUUUGGAGCUCUGCGGUCCUUGCCGCCUUCGCCGUCACCGGAUUCCUGCAGCCGCUCUGCGAACUGUGCCCCACUUGCAUCUGCACAACCUCUGCUGCUCCCCGCCGCCACCUCCUCGGCGCCCUUCCCCGGCCCUCGUCCCCCCAAUGUCUGACUCUGAUUCUCGGACUGAGAAACGCAAGAAAAAAAGACCAAAUGGCCAAGCAACCUUCUGAUGUAAGUUCUGAGUGUGAUAGAGAAGGUGGACAAUUGCAGCCUGCUGAGAGGCCUCCCCAGCUUAGGCCUGGGGCUCCUACCUCCCUACAGACAGAACCGCAAGGUAAUCCUGACGGCGUCGGCGAAGGGGACCGCUGCCCCCACGGCAGCCCUCAGGGCCCGCUGGCCCCACCGGCCAGCCCUGGGCCUUUUGCUACCAGAUCCCCACUUUUCAUCUUUGUGAGAAGAUCUUCUCUGCUGUCCCGGUCCUCCAGUGGGUAUUUCUCUUUUGACACAGACAGGAGUCCGGCACCCAUGAGUUGUGACAAGUCAACACAAACCCCAAGUCCUCCUUGCCAGGCCUUCAACCAUUAUCUCAGUGCGAUGGGUAAGCCAUGCCCGGCUUCCAUAAGGCAGUCUCAGGAGGAACCUGCAGACGUUCGCCCUGAGAUACGGAUUGCACAGGAGCUUCGGCGGAUUGGAGACGAGUUCAAUGAAUCCUACACGAGGAGGGCUGAAGACCACCCUCACCACCCUCAAAUGGUUAUCUUACAACUGUUACGUUUCUUCAUCCGUCUAGUAUGGAGAAGGCAUUGACAGGACCUCCAUGCAGCCACGGAUCAAUGUGGACAUUACUCUUGUUCGGACCGCCAGAACCCCAGCACUUCAGUCUCCUGGUGCCGUGAAGAUGCCGCCACCGCGGCCAGCGCCGGUGGCGGUGGCGGUGGCUCUGUCCCAGAGAGGUGCUGAGGGCGGACGACACACUGGACACACCGCGCUGUGUCGACGACGUGAACUUAACCUUUCUGUUCCUCACCACACGGCAGAAUUUCCAACAGACGUUUGUUGUGAAUGUAAACGAGGGAGGGCUCUUCUCUUUUUAAUGUACAGAUUCUGGGUCUUUUGGCAUAGAGUCAAAUGCAAGGGAGGUGUUUACAUGUGGUGUGUUCAUGUGUUUUUUAGACCCACUUUCUUUGAUAACUGUUUGGGUUGGGGGGGGGUUGUUUUUUGUUUUGUUUUUGUUUUCAGAAAGGAAAUGAAAACUUUUUAGCCAACUUGUGGAUGAUUUUUAUACUAAAAUUCUAAGAACCUGACUCCAAUUCUCAGAGGAUUAUGUAAGCCUGCAGUGGGAACUGAGCCAGCUGAUUUAUAAGGCUGCCUUAGUUUAUUUUUAGAGAUUACUGUACAGAAUUUUUAAACAGGAGAGGAUGGUGCUGCCCUCUCUCCUGUGCCAUGACUUCCUUGAGUUUCUUUUUUAAUUAUUGCUACCAAAACAGUUCUUACGAAAUGGAAUGGAUUCAAGUGGCCAAGGGUCUGUUUUGGUGUGCCAUUCCCAUUUUGUAAAUACUUACCUCCUUAGCUCAGUUGCUUCUGUCUCAGAAUUUCACACUUUCUGUGUUUCUCCUCAUCUCCUCGUCCUCCUCAGUCUGUCUCCACACUGACGCACAGGUUUGACCCAGGGUGUUCUCAUGAUGCAGCGUGUUUGGGUCAGCAAGGGCUAGGGGCUGCCCGGAUUGUUCCCAGCUCCAUCAAUCAAGCUGACUCCUGGGAAGGGCUCCUGAGCACCUCACUUCCUUGUGGCGGAUUAGUUUGUCCCUUUCAUCUUGAGAGAAUGCAGACUCAGCCACCACUUAGGGAAGCUGUUAGCUCUUUGGGUUGCAGGCUUUCCUGCAGUCACAGGCUCUGCUUUACUGCAUGCACCAGACGGGCCAGAGCCCACACUUUUCUUGGGGAUUGGCCAGGUCAUUUCGGGAGCAAGGGGCUCAGGGAGUCAUUUUCCACGCUUCUUGGCAUUUAGCUCUGCUCAUCCCAGCUGGCCCGGGAUGCCUGAACUUCAGCCCCAUUCCUUUGAACCUACCUUGAAAUAGAGACUGGCUCUGCUUCACCAGUUACCUACCACACAUAGGAAACCUCCGUUACACCAAGUGGAACAUUCUCUUUGGUCUUCCAAAAGAUGACUGACUACUUUGUUCUCCAUUUUCCUAAUCGUUGGAUCUUGUUGGGCCAUCUGUGUCUGGGGUGGGGGGUGCUCUUUCUUGGUACCUACCCCUUAGGACCACGUGCACCAGAAGCCCACACAUUGGUCAGUCAUUUCAAGAGCAGGCAGGACUGGAGGUGUAUAGCCUGGUGAAGGAGCACUUCCCUAGCAUGUGCAGAGGCCCCGGGUUCCCUCCGCAGCACCUCCCAGAACCAACAGCACACAUGUAGGCAGACAAGCAGGGAAGACAAAAAGGACCGAGGAAAGAACACCGGAGGGGUGGGGGCAGACUGUGAGCCCUCUAACUUGUGAAAAUGUCAAUCAUCAGGCAGCUUGCCUAGAGAAGUGCAUGCAUUUCCAAGCAAGUCAGCGCUGCCAGCAACUGUGUUCCCUUUUGCCCCGUAGAGGGCCAGUGUUUUUAUGUCAUUGAGUAGAGAAAUCCAUUCAUUCCUACGUUCCUCUCUGUGUGUGUGUGUGUGUGUGUGUGUGUGUGUGUGUGUGUGUGUGUGUGUGUGUGUGUGUUGCCUAUAUGCUUUUCCUUCUAGAUUGAGAUCAUUUGAUCCCAAAUAUUCUUCCUUUUAAACCCACUUCUUUCCCAGCUUCCUUAGACUUUUAAUAGUUUGAAAGCUGUGUUGGCGCUCACCUUGUUUCCUGAUGUGUUGAGCCUCGUGGAGGGUUCCCCAUAUGGCCCACUGGUAUAAAGUGGUAUUAAGAAUGCAGCCAUGGUUCUGCUAGACACACACACACACACACACACACACACACACACACACACACACACCAAAGA